AUGUCCCAGCAACACACACUGCCAGUGACCCUCCCCCCAGCCCUCAGUCAGGAGCUCCUCAAGACUGGCUGUCCUCCCGCUGACAUCCAGCAGGAGCAACGGAAGCAGCCAACACCACUGCCUGCCCCGUGCCACAAGGGGCACUCUGAGCACCCUGCAGAGGUCCCCUCGAAGCAUGAGGAGAAAUGCACAACUCCUGUGCAAGGGCCACAGGAGCAGGAACUGCACCUGGGAAAGCAGCAGCAGCAGGAGUCACAGGAGCAGGAACUGCAGCAACAGCACCAGGGACAACAUGAGAAACAUCAGGAAGCAGAAAACCUGGAGCAGCAGCUUGAGCAGGAGAAAGCACAAAGGGAAGAGCAACUGAAGGAGCAGCUGGAAGAGAAGAAGAGGCUCUUGGACCAGCAACUGGAUGAAGAGGUGGCAAAGAGAUAUGAACAACUGGGAAUGAAGAAGGAGCAGCUGCUGGAGCCCCUGGGGCAGCAGGAGGGACAGCUGGAGAAGCCCGGGUUUGUCCUAGCUCCUGGCCAGGUCCAAGACAUCCAGCCACCCCAGCCUCCAAAGGGAGAAGUCCUGCUCCCUGCAGAGCAGCAGCAGGAGCCAGAGGUGUAG